AUCUUUAAAAGUCAUAUUAAAUGGUAUUAAAUAUAUGUUUACUUUCUGGCUGAGAUAUCCAUCCUAAUUUAUGAACCAGAAUUUAUGAAGGUUCACAGUUGGUUGAUGAAUGAUUGAAUGGCAUGGUAGUUCUUCGCCACUAACUACCUUCUCAUAGCAACAACACGCAGCUUCUGGCUACGAAUACAUAAAAUCUUGCACAAACUCAAUACCUGAGAGAUGGUUUUCUUCAGCUGGGGUCGCCCCUCUCCCCAAGAACAAAAGGCUUGCAUCCUCAAGUCAGGUACUUUCAACUAUGAUGACAAAUAUAAAGGAGCUACUGCUAAAUCACCAUCUUCCCUUAAAGCAGAUGAGGGACUCUCAAAAGAUGGGUUUUUACUAAAUGAGGCGCGAGUUCUUGUUGGUUCUGGUAUUGAGACUUUUGAAAAGGGCAAGAGUGCUCUCACAAGUUGGAAGCAUUUUGGGUUGAAUUGGGCAUUUGUGGAUCCGAAAACACCGAUCCAACAAGGAGAGAAGUUCUGUGUUUGUGUCAAGGAGUUCCUCCCGUGGCUCAUGAUGCCACUUGAGGUUGUGUAUGUAAAUGAAACUCGCACUGCGAAAAAUCGCAAGGCCUUCUUUGGAUUUGGAAGUGGAACUCUUCAUGGUCACUUGCUGGCAGGGGAAGAGCGCUUUUCGAUUGAGAUUGAUGAGAAGAAUCAAGUUUGGUAUGAAGUACUAUCUAUCUCAAAGCCUGCCAACAUUUUAUCUUUUGUCGGCUACCCAUAUGUGAUCCUUAGGCAGAAAUACUUCGCUAAUGAAUCUUCCAAGGCUAUGCUGAAACAUAUUAAUUCUUCAAAACCCUAGAGUAAAUGUAUACAUUAUUUCACUUAUUUGUAAUUGGAGUAGAUUUAAAUCUUUAUUUUCGUGUUGAUCCCCCCUUUAGUAAAUAUUCUGCCUCAUUUUCCCUUUUGUAACAUUGUUCUCUAAAAUCUUCCUUCAUUGAACGA